UUCUAAAACAGAUCAGAAAACAGCACAGCUCUUCAGUCGCUGGUCAAGAUGAGAGGCAUGCUGUUCUUGUUUAGUGUUCUGUUCCUGCUGGAGCUCACAAAGGGACAGAAAUAUGAGGAUUUAAACGAACUUGAGAGAGGCAUUGUUGACGAGGCGAUAAAAAAAGCCAAUGAGGAUUACGGAAAAGACAAACACCUUGACUUUUACACCAUUGAGAAAACAACGAAGAGUGUAGUGAAUGUGAUCCUCAGACCCACCUUAUGUGCCAAAAAAACACCAAGUGUCCAUCGGGAAGAAUGUAAAAUCCACAAUAAGGCACCCCAGGUCUCCUGUAUUCAUUGUAAUGGAAGCAUGAAACCAUGUUUACUUCUCAGACAAAAAGAAGAGAUAGAAAAAAAGAUGAAUGAAUGUCAGAGUUCCCAGUCGGUAAAUAAGCAUUAUCAUGGCUCAGCAAAUAUAAUGUUCCAAACAGGAGAUGGACAGCAACUAACUGGAUGUCUUGGAUGCAUCUGAGAUGUAAAAAGGAUCAAGACCAUUUGCUACUGGCUAUUUGAAAGAUGCAAAUAUUAAAGAAAUGUAACGCGUGAAGGAAUGAUUUAUAUUAAUCGUUUAAAAUUAAUCGCAACUGACAUUUCAGUACUUGCAUGCUAAGAUUCAUAUACUUACAACAUGUACUGAAUGUCCUAGACACUUGUGUUAAUGUGUUUAAAUAUCAAGUGUAAUUAAAUGAUGUGGCUAGAUGUCUGUCUAAGAAAAACCAUAACAAAGCAUGACCUGAGUAACGAGCAAACAUAAGAACCAAUGGAUGUAUAUCGUUGUGCUGAAGUCCUCCUGGCUGUGAUUAAAGCAUAUCUAAAAGCA